AUGUAUGGAAACGGAUUUGGAAUCAAUGCACCUUCAAUGCUGUAUAAUCCUCAAAAUGUGGCAACUAAAGAAGAGAGAAAUUAUUUGUUUAAUGAUAAUAUUGUGGGUAUAGUCAUUGAUCCACACGAAAAGAAUGAAAGUGUUAAUUUAAAAACACAAAAAAAUAAAGGUGUGAAGAUAAAUAAUGACUAUGAUAGAGCAAAUAUCGCUGUAAAAUCAACAGACUUAGAAAAAAACAAACGUGAAGCAAGUACAAAACAUUUACCAAGAGAUCAUGAAAAUACUGUUAAUGAUGAAUCUUCUGAUUUAAGAAAAUUCACCUUUAAUGAAAAUAAUGAUGGAGAUUUUUCUUUGUUCGAAUAUGGUAACAACGAAAUAAAUGAAAAGAACCAAGAAAAGAAACAACACGCGGCAGCUGAAAAAACGUAUCAAUAUCACGAUACUGAUACACGAGAUCGGCGAUCAAUUACACUUUUAGAGAAAGAAAACUCAGAUAUAAAUCCAGAUUUUUCAGAAGACAGUAAUAAUUUAGAGACACAUGUACGUCUCCGAAGGCAUUUUCCGAAUUUUGUUCGACAUAGAAGAUCAAAUGCUAUAUUACCAUAUCAACAAUCUGCAUUUUUGCAGUAUCAUGGUGCUGGUGCUGAUAUUGAAGAUAACGAUGGUGAUGAAUUUGAUGAUGAUGGAUUAGAUGAUCGCACAUCAAAUUUUAUUAAAAAACGUGAAGUAGACAGAAUUGGUGAUGACAAUGAUUACGAUAAUACUCAAACUAAUUAUAAUUCAUUUGCUAAUAAUAAUCAACAACAAAAUCCUGGUUACUUUUCUCAAUUAAAUGCUGAUAAUGAUCAACAACAAUUAAAUUAUAAUCAAUUUGAUGAUUAUUCAUCACCUGAACAAAAUGAUCAACAAAAACGUAUUGGUCGAGAUAUAAUUGAUGAAGUCAGUAAUAGUAAUUUUCGAAGUCCACGUUACGAAAAUGUACAACCGAAUAUAAAAUCUUCAUCACAAGAAUACGCUAAUCGUUAUGAUAAUACAAAACUGGCUCAAAGUUUUGGAGAAGAACCGCAAACAUAUAAAGAUGAAGAAUUAACUAGACUCAAACGUGUGAAACGUCAAGAUGAUAACUUUGGAUGAAAUUUUUGUUAAAAAAAUGUUUAUAGUAUGGAAUAAUAUUGAAAUCGAUUAUUUUCAUUUCAAGAACAACAGACAGUUUGGUUUCAACAAAACUUAAAUUAACACAAAAAAAUAAUUUCAGAUCUAAAUCAAAUGAUGAGAGAAUCGUUGGGGGGAACUUCCAAUAAGGGCGUUCAUAAUACCGACUAACCGGGCUGGUAAGUAUCGCAUUCUAUGAGCGCUCACAACAUCUGAUAAGCUCUUUUUCUAAUCAACUGCAAUCAAUAUAUGUGUUAUUUUUUAUAUUGAAGAUAAUUUGAAUAUUUUUCUUGUAUUGGUUAUUUUAGGGUUUCGUAGGAUAAUCAACGGAACCUUAUUCAUAAGACCCCACUGAACGUUUGUCAGUCUGUCUCUCAGGCAGAUUUGUAUCUCAAAAUCGCAAUAGUUGUCCAUAUAAAAUCGGAAAAUUUAAAGAUAUUUUAAAACAUCUUCUGUAAAUAAGGAAAUAUUUUAACUAUAACCCAAUAUGAACAGUGAAAUUUACUUUUCUAGGAAACUAUUUCUUCAUUACA